AUGGCGGGCGAAAAAGAGCUGGAAGAGUUCAUCACCCAACUGCACACUGUCAUUUUGACUAAAGCAACGAAAGGAGGGUCGAGAAUUGCUGAAAUCAAGAAGGAUUAUAAGGAUAUGUGUGGAAAAGACAUCGAUACGCGAAAAUUUGGUUUCAAUAGCUUGGAGAACCUCCUGCAGUCUUUUAAGAAUAAAUUUUACUGUCGGGGAGACAGAUGGUUUGGUGAAACGACGGAAGCUGUUGAAAACAUAGUGCAGUCGAUGGCUACAGAAAAAUCUAAGAAAGGAGGAAGAUCGUUUCGUAAACCUGCGUUUGAACGUGCACCGCCGCCAGGAUUUCGUUCGUCCAGUCGACCAACUUUAUUACGAUGCUCCACCCGGUUUUGAUGCUCCCAGUGUUCCUCAAACGAGGAGACCGCCAUCUUCUGCUGCAAAUUCUCGCGCAUCAGAGGGUAUUCCUUCGUCAUCUCGGAUUCUUGUGCCACGUACAGUUGAAGAGCCUUCAUAUCCACCUGGUCUUGACAUUGAAAUUGAAGGGAAACGGGUGCCUACACCAGUUCGUUCAAAUACGGUGUGCUCUGGCAAUGGUGGAGGGCAGCCAAUUCAGCUGAAUAAUUUGGAAAUUGUUCGAAAGGUCUUCGACUUACUGCGGGACUAUCCCCAAGGACUUUUGCUUCGUGAAAUCUCGCAACGGAUUUCGUUACCUCAAAAUGGUGACGAACAACUUAGCAAUAAUGCAAAAAUUGGUGUAGCAGUUACAACCUACAAACACACGUUUUCAAUGAAUCCCAUGGGUCCAAAUGGCCGGGUCACAAUCACUCCAGGAGCGCUUAGACCAGGAAGCGAAAUGCGUUUGCCCCCAGAUUCAGAGAGAAAUCGCUCAACUGGCACUCCUUACCUAUUUCGCCAGCGUGAGGACUCGGGUUGUGCCCGUGAUAGAAGAGAAAGUGCUCGAGACGAUAACGUAUGCCUUGAGUUUCCAGUUUCAUUUUUCGGUUCCACAUGA